AUGACUACUCUUUCUCCUGCUGUUCAGGAUUUAAACAAUAAUGCAGGUAUCAUUUUUCCAAAGUAUAAUUGCUUGAAUCUUAGCAAUGAUGAAUAUGCUCAGUGGAUAGUGUCAAGCCAAAUAAGCCUUCUUGAAGUCAUAGAGGCUUUCCCUUCAGUGGAUAGUGUCAAGCCAAUUGGAGCAUCUGGUGUGGCUGCUAGAAAUUUUCAAAUUGACAAUGAAGCAGUGCAGCUAUACAAAGAGCUUUUGGUUGCUCAGGAGGAAGCCCAUUUGGCUCAUCAACAACUUACCUCUUCAAUGGUAAAGUUGGUGGAAGAAAGGAAUAUGAAGCCACUUGAUUCAAAUCUUGCAGCACUAUCAGCAAGAUGCAGUAAAGACUUGGAGUUGAAUUUGGCUAAGUCAUUCUUGAGUGAGAUGGGCCAAUGUAAAACUUCUUAUCCAUAUAACAGCUGUGGAGCAUUAGUCUUAAAGAAUUAUGAAAGGCAAGAUGCAAGUUUACUUAGUUGGAAUUUGAUGUAG